UUUUUUUUUUAUUUUAAUAAAGAAUUAUACAAAUGGAACAAUAUACAGCUGAAGACCUUGUUCGUGUCAAAUGGCAAACAGCUGUUACAUCAUUAUUAUCUAAUACCAAAAAACCCGAUCUAGAAACUCUUGUGAAAUCUUGGCUUACUUCACCUGUCUUACGACCUGAUCACAGUAAUGUUAUCUGGGAGAAUACGUAUGAAUCAUUGACAAAGAAAGAAAUGAUUGACAGAAUACAACAAAUUGACUGGCCUGACGGAUUGUAUAUGAUACAAUAUUCUCAAUUGGAUGCUUCAGGUUUCUUCAAUAGAAAACUCAAACGGACUUGGUCUACCUGGAAAUUGAUUCCUUCUGAAAAACAAGAACUACAAGUCUCUAUCAGCACAACGACAGCACGACGAAGAUUACAAGAAUAUUUAAAUACCUUUUUUAAGAAUCAUGUCUAUAUCAUUCCACAAUCAGAAUCAAAUACUUGUUGGUACCGUAUUUUGAUCUUUGAUAGUCGAUAUGAAGAAACCCUUCCAGCCCGUGCAUCGAUAUUGAUUCAUUAUCUAUCAACGGAAUAUUUAUUGACGACGACCAGUAUGAUCAGACAUCGAGACUUUUUACACCAAGCGACUAUCCAUGCAUUUAGAGCCGAGUCUUUAAAGCAAAUACCAUUGACCAGUAAAGGAUUGGACAAAUUGACGACGUUGAUGGAUCAUCGGUCUAGUUUAGGGAUUUUUGGACAGUUUCGAUAUGCACAACAGGAUUCGAUGGAAAACCCACUGUAUUUUGGUCCAUCCAGUGAUAUACCACGUUAUGAAAAAGAACAGUAUGUAGGUACAAGAGAAGAUAUAAGACGUGUGAUUCCCAUUGAUCAUGACAAAAUAAAACGACGAUACGAUCAUGUGGAUCAAGUAUUUGGUCAUUUUCCUUUGGAGGGUUUGGAUUCUUUAAAAUUGACGUUAGAAAUCCCGGUAACUUCUGUAAUCAAGGCCCAUCAAACAGAACCAGUCAAUGAUGAUGAUGAUGAUAUCCAACCUUAUGUGUUUUCCGAUGUAGAUGAACCUUCUGACCCUCAAGAGGAUGACUCGGACGAUGACCACACGAAAAAAGAGAAGGGUGGGAUCAGUAUGAAUGUGACUUUUCGAGGAACCAAUGUCAUGGAAGGAUUACGAUCUUUGGCUUUGCAAGGUUGGAUGGUACCUCCAUUUCCACCUUGGUUAUCUGAUUUAGUGGCUUCUGGCUCGUCGGCUGCUCGUGUGACCAAUGAUCAUUUGUAUAUAGAAUCCUAGUUCUAUUUUUUUUUUUUUUUUUGAAUAAAG